AGAAUCAAAGGGGUACUACUCUAAAUAGAAAAUGGCGACCUUAGCUGUGAUACUUGGUAAAACGAUAAGACAAAACGUUUUAUUUACGAAUGGUCUCUUGAGAUACAUCUGUAUAAGCAAUGUUCGUUGUCAGUUAGAAAAUAAAAGCGCAGAUGAUUUCGUCACAUUAUAUGAAAGUGAAGGUACAGAAUUGAAUCUAGACGAAAAGCUGAGGAAUGUAUCUGGGCUAAGACCUAACCAGUAUAAACAGUACCAUGGGCUACCUCCAGAUUUACCCUAUCAAGAUUUGUACCGCAGAAAGCUUCGUGUGGCUCAGUAUGGCACAGCUUCAGGGGAAGAUCCUAGAAUAUUGUGGCCAUCUAGAGCACAGUUACGGGACCAGAAGAAGGAAGAAAUAGAAGAAAGGUGCGGGAAUUUGUCUGCCAGACUGCAGGAGAUUCAGGCCAAUAAAAUAGCAAUAGAGAAAGAAAAAAUGGAAAGGCGGAAAGCUAUAGAGAAAAAAAUGUCAGAAAUGCCAAAAUUAAUAGCAGAGUAUAAAAAUAAACAAGUAACAGCAGAAAAAGAGAAAAAAGCAAAAGCAGCCAAGAAACAGUUACUGCUUGAUGAAGCCAGAGAUUACUUUGGCUAUAAAAUCAAAGCCAAUGAUCCAAAGUUUGCUCAGAUGUUAGCUGAAAAAGAAGAAAAAGAAAAGAAAGAGGCUAAAAAAUUAAAAAAGGAGGAGAAAAAGAAAAAAUUGGCAUCCCUGCAAAUAAAAGAGGUCUAGUCUGAACAAAACACAGCAUAAAGCACUUUGAUCAUUAAAAUGUUGCCAUCUGAA